AACAGGAAGUUUGCUUGUCAUGUGCAUUGCAGGCAAGGGGAGGAUCAUGGGAAAUGUAGGCUGACACACAAAAUGCCCUCAGGCAGGAGGGGCAGGGCAGCAGCAGCUAUUUAAAACCGCUCCCUACAGGAGUGUGUUUCAGAUCGUCUAGAUCAAUGCUUCUCAAAUCUACUCAGGUUCAACAUACCUUUUUCAUAACAUCCAUGAGGCUAUCUUGAAAUUCAUAGAUAAUGUACCUUACGCAUUUACUUAGCGAAUAAUGGUGGUGCAUAAUCGUUAUCUUUGAAGGAAUAUGAUUUCCUGAUCGUUUCUUUAAUCCCUUUUCUCCCCUUACACCCUCCUCCUGCUCCAUCAUUAGACCUGUCUCUUUGUUUCCCAACAGCUUUCCUUCAUUUUAUUCUUUAAUCAAUUUAUAUUUGGGGUUUCUCAUAGAAGAGAAAUCAUGCAAUAUUUCACUUUAUGUUUACAUGCAUUUUUAUUUUUCUCCUCCCCUCCCUUCAACUCUUCUUCCCCUCUAUAUUUACCAAAGUUUUUCUUUUUUCCUUGCAUUCUCUUUUUUAAUCCCUUUUCUCCUCCCCUUCCUUUGUUCCCCUUCCCAUCUGAACAAGUUCUUUAUACUUCUCAACAUUUUCCUUCAUUUUAUUCCUUAUUUACUCUAAGUUUCUCACACAAGAGCAGCAAUGCAAUAUUUAAACUUGUGUUUCUAAUUUUUUCACUUAAAAUUACAGUCUCAAAGUACUUCCAUUUACUUAAAAAUGUCUCACUUAAACUUUAUGAUAGAGUAGUAGUCCAUUGUAUAUAAGUACAUUUUCCUUAUCUAUUCACCUGUUGAUGGACAUACAGGCUGUUUACAAGAUUUAGCUAUUAUAAAUUGUGCUGCUAUAAACAUGGGUGUGCACGUAUCACUGUGGUGUGAUGCUUUUCACAUUUUGGGGAAGACCCCUAGAAGGUGAAUAGCUGGGUUAAGUGGAACCUCUAGUUUUAGGGUUUUUUUUUUUAAUAAUCUCCAUACUAAUUUCCAUAGUGGUUGUAAAAAUAUACACUCCUACCAACAAUGGAAAAAAUGUUUUCCUCACAGCCUCACCACCAUGUGUUAUGGGUUGAUUUCUUGGUAACAGCCAUUCUUUCUGGAGUGAAAUGGAAUCUCGGUGUUGUCUUAAGUGGCAUUUUUCCAAUGAGCAGUGAUGUUGAAUUUUUAUAUGUAUUUAUUUGCUAUUUACACACCUUUUAAAACUGGGGUAAUUUCUUAACAGUCUCCUAAAGGAGAAACCAAAGGAAGUAAUUAUAAUUAAUUAUGUGGAAUGUACUUAGAUGUAUACAAGGUCAAAUAUGACAGUGCAGUCGUGAAUGUGGCCGUUAGAAGUGUGCGUGUUGACACCCAAAUACCAGGAGUUAUAUAGUCAUAGAGAAUGUGAUUUUUUCCAAAAUAUUGACUAACCUUUGGUAAAUGUCUGUUCUAAGAAGUUUGAUUUCCCUCUACACAGUGGUUGAAUUCUUUUAAAAUUUAGUGCAUAUUAAGAUCCUGCAUAAAGUACUUUGAAUAUAAAAUCUCGAGGUAGGUAGGGAAUAUGUUUAAAAUGUGGGCUUCCUGGGUCCCAUGCCAAGAGAUUUUGUCUUAAGGGCCUAGGAUAGGGCCCAAGAAACUCUUGCUGGUGAAUUCUGUUAUCUAAAGCAGCUGAAGAGGGAAGGCUGUAGGGGAAAUCUAAAGUGGAAAAACUGGGAACCGAAACCCCAGAUUGGGCACUUGGCCAGUCUAAUGUAAUCUAAUGCGGUAGUGGGUGUGGGACUGCGAUACCUCGGUUUCACAUAGAACUCUGCUGCUCGCGGUUACCUGAUUUUCUGAGUCUGUUUUCCUCAUCUGAGAAGCAUAUUGUUAUCUGCAGAAUGCAGGAGUGGGACAGGUGUUCCUAAGACUCCGAAGCUUGUUUUAUGAAGACUAUAAAAACUCUUGAUACUAGGCAGUUUGUCAAAUAUAUCUAACUAUGCAAAGACCUUAUUGUGAAGACACUGCUAUUCAUGCUUUAGAAAGAUCUGAUCAGUGCUGACACUGUCCCCAGAGCUCACUGUCUGAAACCAGAGAAAGCAAGUCAGAAAGAAAUUGAGGGACUGGCAAACCUCCCCCCUCCCAAAGGAGCUAGGAAAGCACACCUCCCCUCUGAAAAAACUUGAUAGGAUUCUGGCCCUGGUCAGGCCAGCGCGAUAGCGUGGACUUGGACGAGUCCCUUCACUUGUUUAGAUUUUCAGCUCCCAAUCCAGUCCUCCUCGUAACCUCUUUCCCCACCCCUGCCGCCACCCUUUCCACCCCUGGGUACUCGUUUCUUCCUUUACAUUGCUGUCCCCUCCAGCACUAUGCGUGCUCCGUGCUUUCCCAGUUCGGAUUUCGGUCACCUGCUCCUCUGACACCUUUUACUUCUCCGCCUUGUCGAGCGUCCCCAUCAAUCCCGCGACGUCCAAGCCCACCUCAGGGUGGGGAAGGGCCGACUUCCGCUCGGGGGCGCCGUGCACGCUCGAGACUCCCACGCUGCACCCCGACCCCGCAGUCCCUGCACCCUGGCGGCUCACUGUUACCUCCAGCCCCGCAGAUAUUCCGCCCCCUCCCUGGGCCAUCAGCUCCGAGCUAGGAGAGCCCAGAGUUGCAGGUCGUGGCGCUGGUCUCCGCCCUUCCUCCCCGGUACUCUCCCAACGCCUCCUCCCCUAACUUCCCUGGGCUGCUGAGGCUGAGGCUCUUCCUCCUGGGUCUGGGAUAUCCCCAUCGGGCCGGGUCCAGAGCCCCGAGCCCCCCACGUGUCCGAGCCCGCCACGUGGGUCCAGCUCAAAUCCCCAGGGCCGGCGGCUCCUCGCAGCACCAGCUCCCCUAGUGCAGGCGAAACCCGCGCCCACCGGCAAGCCACGCGCCGACCGCUAGCCGCACGCGCGGGGUGCAGAGCCUUGCUGCAGAGUGCGGGUGUCCGCAGAGGCAGCGAGCGCGCGAACAGACGGAGGCGGGUGCGCAGCGAGGGAGCGUGGGAGCGCGGGUGGGCCCGGCGGCGGACACCUCGGGAGCAGGGGCUGCGCGGUCAUAAGGCCCGCAGGACUGCAGUGCCACCUCUCCGGAGCAAACCCAUACGGCCGCACGCCCGCGCGCGCACGCCCGUGCCCACGGUGGGCAGGAAGAGCGCGAGUGGGAGCCUCGGAGCAGUGGGCGUCUCGCAGCGAUGGCAUCUGCCCUCAGCAGCACCAUUCACCCGCCUGGGACUUGCCUGGGCUCCAAAGCCGACCCCAGCGCGGGCUGGAGAAUGGAGUGCGACCCGGAGAUGCACCUGAAAAUGUGCAAGAAGAUCGCCCAGCUCACCAAGGUGAUUUAUGCCCUGAACACCCGCCAGGAUGAGGCCGAGGCCAGCAUGGAGGCACUGCGGGAAGCACAUCAGGAAGAGCUCCAGAGCGUGGUGGCUGAGACAAAAGCCAAGCUCCAGCAGGAACGGGGCUGCCCCCAGGACGAGCAGGAGGCCCUGCUGCAGCGAAUCCAGACCUUGGAGAGUGCCCUGGAGCUGCAGAAGAAGCUGACACAGGAGGCCCUGGCAGAGUCCGCCACAUGCAGACUGGAGACCAAAGAGAGAGAGCUGAGGGCAGAGGCUGAGCAUGCAGAGCGGGUGCUGACACUCUCCAAGGAGAUGCUGGAGCUCAAGGCUGACUAUGAGAAGCGGCUUCGGCACCUGGCCAGCCACGAGGCUCCACCAUGGAGCCAACUUUCCCAGGAGAGCCCAGAUGCCAAGGCAGAGCCUGGCGGGGGCCCAGAGAUGCAAGAGGUGCUGCUGGAGGUGGAGCGGCUGCGGGCGGAGAACCAGCAGCUGAGCCAGGACUACGCCCGCAAGGCCGAGGAACUGCAGGCCAGCUACGAGCGGGAAAAUGAAGCCAUCCGGCAGGCCAUGCAGCAGUCCGUGAGUGAGGCCCUGUGGCAGUGGCAGGAGAAGGAGAGCGACCUCCGCAAGAACUUCCAGGUGCAGGAGUCGGCCCUGCAGGCCCAGGUCAGGAAGCUGGAAGGGGACCUGGAGCACAGGGGACGCAAGAUCAGUGACCUGAAGAAAUAUGCCCAGAAGCUGAAGGAAAGGAUCCAGGACCUGGAUGUUCAGCUGAGGGAGGCUCGGCAGGAGAAUUCAGAGCUGAAGAGCGCUGCCAAAAAGCUGGGGGAGAAGCUGGCCAUGGCCAAAGACAGACUGAUGCUACAGGAGGGUCACAUGACACAGAAAACAGAUGACAUGAAGACUAAGAAUGACAUCCUGGGGGAAGCAAAUGCCUUGGAAGCCCACAGUCUUCAUCCUCAGCAGGACCAAGGUCUUCCCAAAGAGUGUUCCAUCCUGGAAGGUGGCACAGACAUACAGACUAGGAAAGAGGCAAGUGUUGAGACAGAAUACAUGAGGCAACGAUAUGAAGAAGACCUUCGUAAGAUCAGACGUCAGACCAAAGAGGAGAAGAAACACCUUCAAGACCAGCUCCUGAAGCGCCUGGAAGACGUGGUAAAGAAGCACACCUUAGAAAUCAAGUCAGUGCGCUCCUCCGUGGAGGCAGAACGGAAGAAGCUACAGAAGGAAGUGGAAGCACAGUUGGAGGAAGUGAAGAAGAAAUCAGAAAAGGAAAUAAGGCAGCUGGAAGAAGAGAAAUCAGCUCUAAAUGUGCAGCUUCAAAGUUCUCUGCUAGAGGUUUUAAGACUGGAAGAAUUUAUCCAGCAACAUAUGGUGCUUUCCCAAAGAGCUGAGAGAAGAACCCAGGAGUUAGACUGCCAGCCCUGCAGCGCUCUGGAGAGCCAGGAUCCAUGCUCCAAGAUGACGGAACCUUCUCAGGUGCUGCCCAGAGAAGAUCAAGGCAAGUUGGCAGCUGAGGAAGAAACCAGCAGUGACGAAGAGGAAAGCACCACAGAGUCUCUCAAGGAGGAAAGUGACCCACAGCCUCCACUGGGCUGUUCACUGAAGGAGAAGGCACCCAAAAUCCAGUGUCUACAGGAGGACUGGCAAAGCCAGAAGGCCCGGCUGCAAGCCCAGGUGUCUCAGCUGCAGAGGGCCCUGGAGCAGUGCGCCAGCGCCCACCGUGCGGAUCUGCAGGAGCUCAGGCAGCUGUCUGAGGAGGAGCGCCAGCAGCUGCGGUGCGAGCUCCAGGACAGCCUGCAGCAGGGCCAGGCGGCCCGGGCGCAGCUCGAGGCUGCGCAUCAGCGAGCCCUGCUCACCCUUGACAAGGCCAAAGCCCAGGAGCUCAAGGCUACAGAGGAGCGCCUGAGGAAGGAAUAUAGCCACAGCCUCCAGAUCCAACACCAGGCACACUGGCUGGAGCUCCAGGCCCUGGAGGAAAAGGCCAGGCAGGAGCUGCAGCAGGAGCGGGAGAGGACACAGGCGCAGCAGGCUCAGCUGCUAGAGUCCCUCAGGCAAGAGCUGUCAGAGCAGCGAGCUGCCUGCUCCGAGCACCAGAAAGACCUGGAGGCGCUGCGCAACUUGGGCAGACGGCAGGCCACCGUCCUGUGUCCAGAGGACAGCGAGGACCGCGCGGUCACCUCCGAGGACCGCGGCGGCGCGAGCGCGGCGGAGCUCGGAGCGGGCGAGCCAUGCGGACUCCGGGAGGAGAACGCGCAGCUACGCGAAGCUGUGCUGCGGCUGCGCGCCGAGGCGGAGCAGCUCCAGCAGGAGGCGCGGCAGCUCCGCGAGCAGCGCAGGAUGCUGGAGGAGGACCAGCAAGCCCAGAGGGCCAGGGAGGCUGAGGUGCUUCGUCAGGAGCAUCGCAAGGAGAUGCAGGCCAUGGUGGCAGAUUUCAGUGGUGCCCAGGCCCGGCUGCAGGCCCGGCUGGCUGUGCUGGAGGCCGAACUGAAGGAUUCCGGAGAGAAGCCGGCGAAGGCGGCGUCCAGGCCCGAAGACCUGCAGCUCAUCGGUUGCCUGCAGGCCCGGCUCAAGGAGCGCGAGGAGAUCAUCAAACAGCUCACGGGCGCAGGACAGUGAAGCAGCCCAGCCUAAAGAGGCCCCACAGAAGCAGGGCUCCCCCCACCAGGAGUGGUUCACCAAGUACUUUUCCUUCUGAACCACUCUUUGGGACACGUGGCCGAGAUCAGAGAACACUGACAACACAGAAGGAAUGAACCACAGCCAGGUAACUUGCUUGUCACAGGAGUUAUUCAUGACAGCUGAAACAAAUUUUGGCUUUAACAUUUCACUGUUUCAUUGUACCUCCAGUUUGUUAAAAAUUCUUGAUAGGGAAGAUUAAACAAAGCUGUGUUUUAGGGAAAGCACCCACAGGAAAAUGUUACUAAUGUUGCCGAUGAUGUGCACUUUGUAUUUCCAGUGUCCAAAAUAUGUGCUGUCCCUCAGGCUGUCCUUUGGAGGACGGCAGGCUUUGUGAUUUCCGUGGUUUACUUUAAAAGUGGUUUUCAUUUUUCCUUAUGACACAAGUCAUCCCCACUUGAAAAGUCAUCUCUGUGUAAAAUGAUGUCAUUCCUAAAUGCACAUCGGGGCAGCUUCUCAGUGGGAGAAGGGCUCACCAUCAAUCGGAGGGCCAGCUUCAGACACACACCCAAACCUACUUGGAGCGGACUGCGGCAUGCGUGGCUUGAUGCUUUGACUUCCUAGGUCUAGGACAGGCGGGUUCCAGUCCGGGUAAUACCUACCUCAGGAUGGGCCCUGCCAGGGUUCAGCAAGAUUCUGUUGGGGCCAUCCUGAAUUGGAAUUUUCUGAGAAUAGCUGUCUGGCCCUGUCCCACAUCUCGGUGUCAGUGACAGUCCUGUCAAGAUGGUCCUCUAGGGCCAUGGUUCUAGACGACCUGCUCUGUGAGGUUAGCACUUCGGGACCUGUGGACUUCGGGUCUGGGCCUUUUGCCUGCUGACAUGGUGCUCCCCACUGCAUGGACUCAUGAUAGACUAAUGGGCUCCGGGAAGGCUGCUCUCGGUGCUCCUGGUGCUCCCCCAUUACCCGAGCCAUCUUCCCGCCAACAGAGCAAUGCAAUUUGACAAGACAAUGUCUGCUCUAUGCUUUGGUGCUGGCCCAGCAAGUGGCCCCAAAGAUUUUAAUUCUAUGCACUGUCAAAUCUUUGCUCUUUUAAUAAAAUGGUAAACAUCUGGGCAAAAAA